AAUUGAUUCAAUUAUUAAUCUUCCACAAAUUAAAUCGCAGCACUGACCACAGGGAGAGCGAGCGUACUGGUUCAGGUGUUCUUCGAGAGAGAGAGAGAGAGAGAGAGAGAGAGAGAGAUCUGGAAAUGGCGAGUUAGUUCCCCUGGUUACUCCAAGCUUAAAAGUGAAUCCAAAGAUCAAUCCACCGACAGAGAGAGAGAUGGGAGGGUACGCUUUGGGUUCGGCUUUUGAUUCCAAAUCAGGGCAGAUGAUAAUGGUGGCUUUAUUAUUAAUGGUGGGCUCAUUCUACUUAGGCACUCUCUUUGGCAACAAUGCUCCCAUUUAUGUCUCUCAAUCAUCCUCCUCUAAUUCCUCUUCCUCUCCUGAUUUGUCCACGUUUCACAACAAAAUUACGCUUGCUUACCGCAAAACACCGUUGUUGAUCCCUGAAAGUGGGAUGAAUAUAUGUCCCCUGAAGUUUAAUGAGUAUAUCCCUUGCCAUGAUGUUUUCUAUGUGAAAAGUAUACUCCCAAGCUUAGAUCUUUCUAGACGAGAAGAGCUAGAGAGGCAUUGCCCUCCACCUGAAAAGCGUCUAUUUUGCUUGGUGCCACCUCCAGAAGAUUAUAAAUUGCCAAUAAAAUGGCCAACCAGCAGGGAUUAUGUGUGGCGAAGCAAUGUUAAUCAUACACAUCUUGCUGAAGUCAAAGGAGGACAAAAUUGGGUGCAUGAAAAGGACCAAUUAUGGUGGUUCCCAGGAGGCGGUACACAUUUCAAGCAUGGGGCACCCGAGUACAUUCAGAGAUUAGGAAAUAUGACAACUAAUGAAACUGGUGAUCUACGUUCAGCUGGGGUUGUUCAAGUUCUGGAUGUUGGCUGUGGGGUUGCUAGCUUCUCGGCUUAUCUCCUUCCCUUGGAUAUACAAACAAUGUCUUUUGCUCCCAAAGAUGGUCAUGAAAAUCAGAUUCAGUUUGCUUUAGAACGGGGAAUUGGUGCUAUGAUCUCUGCUAUUGCCACAAAGCAAUUACCAUAUCCCUCUAGCUCUUUUGAGAUGGUUCACUGUUCCAGGUGUCGUGUUGAUUGGCAUGAGAAUGAUGGUAUUUUACUGAAAGAAGUUAGUCGAGUUCUGCGAUAUAAUGGAUAUUUUGUCUAUUCAUCUCCUCCUGCUUACAGAAAGGAUAAAGAUUAUCCACUGAUUUGGGAAAAAUUGGUCAAUCUGACUUCAGCAAUGUGCUGGAAACUCAUUGCUCGAAAAGUUCAGACAGCAAUCUGGGUUAAACAGGAAAAUGAUUCAUGUCUAAUGCACAAUGCCAAAAUGAAGCUCAUAAGUAUAUGUGAUACUGUGGAUAAUAUUAAACCAUCAUGGAAUACACCGCUGAGGAACUGUAUAACAAGAAGAGAUGCACAAACAAAUUCUCAGAAACUCCCUCCCAGGCCUGAGCGUCUCUCUUUAUAUUCAGAGAGUCUCAUCAAAAUAGGUAUUAGUAAAGAAGAGUUUGUUUCAGAUGCCAUGUUCUGGAAAAAUCAAGUCAGAAAUUACUGGAAGCUGAUGGAUGUUAGUGAGACAGACAUACGAAACAUCAUGGACAUGAAUGCUUUUCUUGGUGGAUUUGCUGUGGCUUUGAACACAUUGCCUGUUUGGGUGAUGAAUAUAGUUCCUAUGAGCAUGAAUAAUACAUUGUCUGCUAUUUAUGACAGGGGUCUCUUAGGUGCUUUUCAUGAUUGGUGUGAACCAUUCUCUACAUAUCCUCGCACAUAUGAUCUGUUGCAUGCCAAUCAUCUCUUCACGCAUUAUAGAAACCAUGGAGAAGGUUGCUUACUAGAAGAUAUCAUGCUGGAGAUGGACCGUGUUAUACGACCUCAGGGAUACAUUAUCAUUAGAGAUGAGGAAGCAAUUACCUCAAGAAUCCAUGAUUUGGCUCCAAAAUUUCUAUGGGAAGUUAAAUCACAUUCUCUGGAAAACAAAGAAAAGAAGCUUGAAACAGUGCUAAUUUGUAAAAAGAAGUUUUGGGCAAUCAUAUAAGGUGUGCUUGGUGCUCCCAUAUAUUUUCCUACUGACAGGUUUUCUCUCAACUUAGAAUAGGCUACUAUUACCUUGCUGUCUUCUUUAAUAUUGUCUUCUCUUGUCCCCUUGUAUUGGCAUAUGCUUAUGAGCCUGAUAGAAUGAAGUCAGCUCAUAAGCCUAUAAUUUAUUCAUAUUUUUGUAAUUAUUUCAUUUGUGCUUGUUAGUUUUUCAGAUAAAGAGAAAAUUUUCUGCCA